GAAGGGACCUUGGAGGUCAUCUAGUCCAACAUCCAGCCCAACCCCGUAUUUUGCUAGGUGCCAAACUGCUCAGUCAAGCCUCCCUUCAGAUAGCUGACAAGAGGAAAAUUUGCAACGCCUCCUGGAUUCCAACUCGAAGCAGCCUGCAGCUCCUGCUUAAGCGGGCGAUCGGGAAGACUUCUUGAGGAGAAGGCUGCCUCCUCGCUCUCUUUCCCGCUUACGGGACUUGGAACGUGUUGGGCCGACGGCACUGCCUGGCACCGCCUCGCCCCGCCCUGUCAGGAAGCAGCUGUCUGAUCGCCUUGCGUCGGCCUGCUCCGCCGGGUGUCCAAAGGCGGCUGUGAGCGUUGCCAUGGACAGGCUGAGCCGAGAGGAGAGGCAGGAAAGGAUUUUUCCACUUCUGUUUCUGUUUAGGACUCUUCCGAUUCCUUUUAAGACAGGGCUGAGCAGUCUUUUGGUGACCAGAGGUUAAACGUUGUAACUUUGGAGAAGGCAGAAAGUUGUAGUGUAUACUACCAUCAAAAGAGCUGUUGUUCAAAGAAACAUGAAAUCAGAUCAUGAGGAUAGAGAGGAUCUUGUACCUGGAACAUCAAAUAUGUCACCAGAGGAAAAAAUGGCAGACACCUGGAGUAGCAGUCAUGAUAUCAUCGGAGAUGUAUCUCCAUGUCCUGAGGUUUGGGAAAACGCUGAUAUAAAAUCUAGCCAAGAAGCCUCCAGAAAAAAACUAUGUGGCUAUUUAUAUAAAUGUUCUUCUAAAGCACCAAUCAAGUCCUGGAAGUCACGCUGGUUUUGCUAUGAUGAAAAUAAAUGCUACUUGCUAUACUACAGGACAGCACAGGAUAUUAAUCCUUUGGGAAGCAUAGACAUUUCCAUUGCGAGCUUUGAUCUGAAAGUGGGAGCAGAUGAGGGUAUUUUUGAAAUCAGCACUCCCAUCAAAGACUUUAUUCUUAAGGCUGUCAACAAACAAGCCAUGAUGUAUUGGCUACAACAACUGCAGCUGAAACGCUGGGAAUUUUGUAAUAAACAGGCAAAGGGUUUUGUUGAAGCCAUGCCAUCUUUGCCUUCCAUAAAUGAGGCCCAGCAGAGCAACACUGAGGCAGAACAGGAUUUUUUACCCCCAGUGAAAACACCCACUGAUGUAGUUGGCAUAAAGGCAGCUUCUCUACCAGCACCACCGACUUCUAUUGCUCUUCAAAACAUCUCUCUCAAGCAUCCUUGGAUUGAAAUUCAAAACACAGUGCAUAACCUGUGUGGCAGCCGUCAGAACCGAAGAGACUGUGGUCAUUUUGAGGAUAAUUUUGAAAUUAUUGCUGAUGAAGAGCACCUAAAAGGAGAAACCGAGGAUACAGUCAUGGCAGAGAUGCAGAAGGACACAAAAAUGAGACCAACGCCAUCAACACUCCGAAAAUACAAAAAAGCAAACAGCAGUUUUCAUUAUUUUAUUGAAGGAGCAGAACAGGGAAAAAUAGCUUCUCUUCAGCACCAAGUUUUGAUUCUUACAGAGGAAGUAAAAUCUCAGAAGGAAUUGGUCAAACUUCUCCACAAAGCUCUGGAGGCAGCUCAGCAAGAGAAACGAGAGUCCUGCAGAUAUCUGGUAACAGAUACGGAAAAAGACAGACUGGAAUUAGUGCGCCACAAAGUGAGGCAGAUUGCUGAGCUGAACAAACAGGUUCAAGUGCUAGAGAUGGAAAAGAAAGACCUGGAGCAGGAGGCUGCUUUGAAGGAGGAGCACCUCAAGGAGCUGAGAGAACAUGUGCAACUCUUGAUGGACAAAAACGAAGCAAAGCAACAAGUCAUCCUCAAGCUAACAGAACAGCUCACUAGAGAGUUGCCCGACUCUGUUACAGACAGCAUCAUGACCGAGACCUUGUACAAGCAACAGGAAAAGAUUGAACACCUAAAGGAUGAUCUUGAGGCAUACAAGACUCAGAACCAAUUUUUGAAUUCCGAAGUCCACCAGGUUAGCAAAAUAUGGAGCACAGUGGCACAGAGAGAAAAAAACCUUCUGAUGAAGUGUGCUCAACUGCAAGCCCACAAUUGCCAGAUUGAAAGCAAGUACCUGAUGUCUCUACGGACGCUGCAGGGGCUGCCAGAUUUGGCUAAAGAACACAUGGCAUUGGUGACGGGACUCAUUGAAGAGGCACUGCAAUGGGAUAUGAAGGAAGAAACCCUGAUUCCUAUUCAGCUAAGCCCAAUCAAUCAAUAUGAUGAUUACGGGUUUAUGACAGUUCCUGAAUAUGAAGCUGCAGACUGGAAGCUCUUGGCCAAAAUCCAGGCCCUGGAGAUCAAAUGCACCAAUCUGAACAAGGAGACCACGGAGAAACCUCUCUCUGAGCGAUGGAAUAACCUUGGGGAACUGACUCCCUCCUCGGAGUUAAAAAGCUUAUUGCGGUGUGGUGUCCCAGCAGUGCAUCGCCAGAGGGUUUGGAGGUGGAUUAUCAGCCAUCGCUUAAAGCAAAUACGCUCUGCUGGUCAUUACCACAAUUUACUCAAGAAGUGUGAAAAUGCUGAGCACCCAGCUUCCCAGCAAAUUGAACUGGAUCUGCAUCGCACGCUGCCCAACAAUAGACAUUUUAUGUCACCAACUUCCAAGCUUAUUCCCAAACUCAGAAGAGUUUUACUUGCAUUCUCCUGGCAAAAUCCAACCAUCGGCUAUUGCCAAGGGCUGAACAGACUGGCUGCCAUUGCCUUGCUGAUCCUAGAAGAGGAAGAAGAAGCUUUCUGGUGCUUAGUUCAUAUCACAAAUAAUUUAAUGCCUCACGAUUACUACAGCAACACAUUAAUAGGCUCGCAAGUAGAUCAAAAAGUUUUCAAAGACAUCUUAUCAGAGAAGCUUCCCAGGCUGACAGCACACUUGGAUCAACUUCAAAUUGACCUGUCCUUAGUGACCUUUAACUGGUUCCUGGUUGUUUUUGUCGAUAGUCUUGUCAGUGAUCUCCUCUUCAGAGUUUGGGAUGCUUUCCUCUAUGAAGGUGCAAAGGUGAUAUUCCGUUACGCACUUGCAAUUUUUAAAUAUAAUGAAGAAGCAAUAUUGAAGAUUCAGGACAAUCUGGAAUUCUAUCAAUAUCUUCGUUUUUUCACCAAAACUAUCUGUGAUGGCAGAAAGCUGAUGAGCAUCGCCUUCGGUGAUAUGAAUCCGUUUCCCAUGAAGCUGCUUCAGAAUCGACGCGGAGUUCACAGAUUAAAACUGGAAGCUGAGCUGAGAGAACUGGAGCAGCUAAAGGCCCAGUAUAUGAAGGAACAGGCUGAACAUGCAGCCAGCCAGCUAGAUGGACCCGCGAGUGAGGAGGAAGAAGAGAUGUAACUUUCAUUUACUCACUGGUCAUCUCAUUGCCUUUGUUUGAAUCAGAAAGGCAGCAGUUAUUUAUGAUAAACACUUGGCACCUGGUGCAAUGAAUGCAGAUGUAUUGGAUAGUUUGCAAGUCCACCACAAAUAAGGAUAUAUCAUGCCUUAUUUUUAUUACAUCUUUUUGUGGUGCAGAAAAAAAUCCUGGAUUGCAUUCCGCUAGAGAUUUUCUGCUACUCUGACUCUAAAUCAAAAGAAUCCCCAUAGAAUUUAGUAUGAUGUACAAAUACAGCCAUUAUAGUUUGUGAACCCUAAUUUAUGGCAGGCCUGCACAACUUGUGAAGAAGAAAGGACCACAUUGAUAAAUUAAAAAUAAUUUCAGGCUGCAUAGGAAUACCCGAUGCACCGAUCAGCUAGCAGAGUGGCAGCAAGGCUGGUUAUUGGCAGCAUCACUAAAGCCUGGAGGCACUUGGCAGUGUGUCUUUUGUUUUUGUUUUGUUUGUUUGUUUUUAUUAAAUUUAUAUACCGCCCUACUCCCGAAGGACUCAGGGCAGUGAACAGGCACAAAAUAAAAUACAUAGAUACAAAAGUUAGAAACAUAAUUAAAACCAGAUUAAAUAAUUUAGCCCGAAACAAAUAAAAAUCCCAAUAAUUUAAAACAGAUUAAAAUUUCGAUUUAAAAGAAUUUUAAAACGGGGGAGAAAAUUAGGCCAGGCCGGCUUGCUGGAAUAGGAGGGUCUUAAGAGUAAGUGCGCAGAUCCAGGAUCCUCUGUAUCUCUGGAGGGAGCUCGUUCCAGAUAGUAGGUGCCCCCACAGAGAAGGCCCUCCCCCUGGGGGCCGCCAGUCGACAUUGUUUGGCUGACGGCACCCGGAGGAGCCCCUCUCUAUGAGAGCGUACCGGCUGGUGGGAGGCUGUUUGUGGUAGUAGGUGGUCCCGUAAAUAACCAGGUCCUAAGCCAUGGAGCGCUCUAAAGGUGGUGACCAAAACCUUGAAGCGCACCCAGAAGACCACCGGGAGCCAGUGCAGCUUGUGCAGGAGAGGUGUCACACGGGAGGUGUUGUUUGGGGAAGCAACAGGAAGUCCUUCAUGAUGAUGGUAAUUUUUUGGUGGCAGUGAAUUUAUUGACCUUUUAAAAAAGGCUAGUGGACCUUCAAGGCUGCUUGCCGGGCCAUGUAUGGCCCACAGGCUGAAAAUGCAGACUGAUUUUGGUUUACUAGUAUACCCGUGGUUCAUUCCAGUGUAGGUUUUUCAGCCAACCAUAGGUGAAGCAAAUGUGGAUUAACCCAAUGUAUGAGCCAUACUUUUAUUAUGCACAUACCAAAUUUCCCCUUUUUUGCUUUCCUCAUUUUAUAGCAGGCUUUCUAAUCAAUUGGCUUUCCUUCAGAGAUUGGACUAGAUCACUGUUUCUCAAUCUUAGCAACCCUAACCUCAUGUUGGUUGGGGAAUUCUGGGAGUUGAAGUCCACACAUCUUAAAUUGCUGAGAUGGGGAAACACGGAACUAGAAGAUUCUUGGGGUCCAUUCAGAACUACCAUUCUGUGAUUCUAUUAGAGAACCCAUGACCCCUUAGGGUUGUUUCAGAGAUAUAUUUCCUUACUACAUUCAGAAAUAUUGUUUCAGAGAUAUUUCCUUACCACAUUCGUUCCUCAAUGCCUUUAACAAUGGUGCAGCUUUUAAUGUACUUGAACCGGUCUUAAAAAUUCAGGGAUAUAUUUAGAGAUGUAUCUGCCUUGAAAGUAGCCCGUAUUGAACUGUACAGCACAGUCAAACAUCCGGAGUUACCGACAGGAAACGUUUUAUGGCAUUUUAUAUUAUGUUUUAUAAACUUUCCCAAAUUUCAAUUCCUUGGAAGUCAUAGACCCUGGAUUUUUGGAUACAUUCUAUAAGGUAGCUCAUUUGAGGUACCUUGGUUCAAAAAACGUUGCCCUAUGAUGAGCCAUUCCACCUAGUCAAAGGUUACGGGAACAAGAGUAGUAUAUAGAUAGAUGAAGCUAUAUACUAUAAAUUUUAGUGGUAUAUAGAUAGAUGAAUCAAUGCUUUGUAAAUUUCAGAAUGGAGAGGGGAGAAAAGUACCUGCACAAUAAGAUUCUUUCUUAGUGAUAUUUGGUGAUAUUUUUUCAGCACUUUAUCCACAAAUUUUCAUGCUUGGGGCAUAGAACAUAGAAUCAUACGACUGGAAGAAGACCUUGGAGGUCUUUUAGUCCAAUCCCUUGUUCAAGACAGGAGGCCUUAUACCAUCCCUGUCAAAUGGUUGUCCAGUCUAUUUUCGAAAGCCUCCAUGAUGGAGCACCCACAACUCCAGGAGGCAAGCUGUCCCAUUGAUUAAUUGUUCUCAUUGUUCAUAAGUAAGUAACAGUAACAGAGUUGGAAGGGACUUUGGAGGUCAUCUAGUCCAACCCCCUGCUCACACAAGAGACCUGUACUAGGGAUUCGAGCCGCCGAACUGUCGACCUUUCUGAUCGACAUCUUCUUUUCCCCUUUUCUGUUACUAAUAGAUAAUUGUAACACCUGGAAUGCAGGUCCUCACCCAAAGAGAUAAGACUCAAGCCAUGUAUUCCUUAGAUUAAAUGCAAGAAUGCAGAAGGCAUGGGGUGGGGGUGGUGGGUGCCCAGGUGUGGGUUGUCUCCCCCCACCUUCGCCCAUUGUUCCAUUUCCCACUACUAACUUCUUCUUACAACAGCCUUGGUGGUGUUUCCUGCUUCUUCUCCAACCCUGCACAUCUUCCUACCCCUUGUAACCAUUCUGUACACCCUCCCCCAAAUCUUUCCCAAAUCUUUUCCAACUCAUUCAGUCAUUAAGAUUGAAGCAUUUUAUUUAUUUAUUUAAAUUGAAGGAGCAGCAAGUCAUAUGUUUUGCUCUCCAAAAGUCCCACCCCACCCCCUUUAACAGAGUGGCCAUAACAAAGUAGAAGUACUCAUUUUACUUUGAAAGUGAUGGAAGACACAGGAAGCUGUAUCACCCAAAAAAAAUUGCAUGAAAAUUUGCAGUUUAUUGUUAAAUUAUCUUCAGUGUUGUACUUCCCCCUGCUGAUAAGUUAUGGAACUGCAGCAAAAACCUUACAACUAAAUAAAAAAUGAAAUGGCUUCAUUCACUGUUUGAUCCCAACCUUGUCCAUUGCACUUAGCAUGCUGUGCAAACCCCAUCCCUGUGGUCAAACAACAGUGGACAUAGGAAGAAUAUUUCUUCAUAGUCUGCUCCAUAAUGGAUCCCUCUAAGGGGGAUUUAAAAUCUCAAGAAUUGCUCUUGUUAGCUCAAGAUCCUAUCUCUCUGUGUAUUUUAAUGAGGUAGUUAAUUAAGUGGUGCAUAUCUGUCAUUCAUUUCAUCCUUCUCAAUUAUGUAAACAUUUGCCAAGGACUCCAAUCUGAAAUCUCCCAUUCUAUGAUUGAGGCUUAACUUAACAAGUGCAAUUGUUUGUGUUCAAACUAGCAUCCUGUCUGAGAAUGGAAUAGACUACAGAAGACAGAACUGAGGCAGAACUUUCUGAGAAGGCAAAGCCUUAUGCAAGUCCUCGAGAAUUGGUUAGGAGUGCUGUGCACAUUUCCAAAAAAAAUCAGGGGAAAUUUAGCUCAAUCUGCUGCAAGCACAAUCUUUCUUUGCUUUUCCUUAAAACUUAUAGUUUCUAUUCGUGUAGGUAAAAGCACUUCUAUUUUAAUGACUCAACUCUAUGUGACUCUUAAAGCAGCAACAUCCAGUCCUAAAAGUAGGGUUGCUUUCACAAAGAUCAGAGAAAUGUUGUGUUCUUGUGAGAUAUGAAGCAUUUCUUCCAAUUUAUUUUUGAAGCUUCCCCAGCCCAACUGAUCUGUUGACUGAACAAAAACUUCUGAUUGCUCUAGCAAAUUGUCUUCAAACGACUACUGCAGAUGCAGAUUUAUGACAGACAUUUGUUGCUGGCUUAAACCAGAUCCAGAAGAGAGAGUAGAAUGAACUGAUUUUCCUGUCUGGCCAACACUUUUUCUUACUUGGCAUGACAGACGCAUAGUAUUUUAUUGAUGGCAACUACCAGAAGAACCCAAAAAGUGGCUGCAAAGCAAAUUUACCAAAAUCCUCCACAUCAGGCUCAAAAUCUGUAUGUUACAAAAUCUAUCUGAAAACAACGUAGAAGCAGAAACUAGAUGAUAUUACUAAAACCAGGUUGUGUGCUUUCCUUGUAACCAGCCAUACCUGAUUCUGUAUGCUGCUUUGUCGUCUCUUGUAAGGGCAUUGACUGUUCCUGAGCAAUCAGAUCAGAACCUUCUGAUGAUGCUUCCUUCUUUCCAGAAGUUUCUAAUGUUAAGGAGCUUAAGUCCUCUGCUUCCCAACAGCAAAACAGGCUCUUCUUUGUGUUCUUGUUUACCUGAUGCAGAGAAUGGAUUCUUAAGAGAUAGGCCCCGUAAGGUUUGUGGCCCAGUUCACCUUCAGUUCAGAGUUGUGGGAUGGAGAGAAGACUACUACCCAUCUUCCUGAUAUGAUGUUGCUUUUCUCCCCUGUUUGUAUUAAGAUCCAUAGUUGCAUAUCUUUGCAACUAACAAGUUUAAAAAAAAAAAAAAACUUUAAAUAAACAAAUUAUACUUCAUGUGUAUCUUGUUGGUCUGAAUGAAUUUCGGCCUGCUUUGCAAGUUUCUUAGAGUGACAUGUACUGGUCUUGUGCCCUUCUUUUCUGAUUCAUAAACUGAAUAGCCGCCUUUUCUUAUUCUAUCAAAACAAAGCUAAAUUUGUUGUUGAUUAAUCCCUCACGAUUUCCAUUUAAAAGGAAAAGUGGAAUGUAAAUGUAACAAUACUAACUAUAUUGUCAUUUAAAUGCAUUGAUUUGAUUUAUUAAACUAAAGACUCUUAUGUUUUUUUUAAUUCCCCUUUAAGCCAAGAUGAGUAUUUUGUACCAUUCCUUAAGAUAUGUGGAGAGAAGAGUGGAGAAAGGUACUGACUUCCAGAGCUCAUUAAAAGCCUGAAUUAGGUUUCAUUCCCAGUUACCUUGAUCUUUGCUUUCAGGUGUAGGUUGAGAAACAGGAUUAUCUUUCAAUAACUGCUUUAUAAAUAAUUCUCAUUUAAUGAUAAUUCAUGCAGUGACCAUUCAAAUUUAGUCCUUGUUAUCAAGGCCCAUGCACAUUUACAAUUGCCACUGCCGGCCCCCAGCUAAUUUUUGUUAGCUUCGUCUACAUCCCCUCAGUUGGGUUCACCACCUUGGCCUCAUAUGAAGGAGGUCCCUUGGAAAUGUCCUGUGGGCUCACAGGUAGGUGUACCACUACUAACUGGGUUCUUCUUUUGUGAGCCAGCUGGGACUUCUUUUCAUGAAAGGGGGCUCUAUAUGGCAUGUUAAAAAAAGGCCUCAAAUGCACCAUUGCAAAAGAAGGAGCCAAUCAAUAGUGGCAUGCAUGGGGAUGGAGCACCUGGCAGUAGUGGGUAAGUGGGCAACCAAAAGGGUAGAAAUGGCCAGCAAGAUACCAUAGUUAGAUGGGGGAAGUUUAAAUGGAGGCAAUCCCUUAUAUCUUCCAAGAAUGGAUUUCCAUUUAGAUGGGUCUUCACCUAAACACCAUACAAAAUUCUCUCAACAACAGCAAGUGAGGUUGCCAGAAUUGCAUCAAUAAGUGGACAGUCAAUGUGAUGUUUCACUUAAGAAUCACAUCAUUUAGUGAUGGUGUUGCUGGUCCCAAUUAGGGUCAUUUAAGUCAGGAUUACCUGAAUAGGAACAGAGAUCAUGGACUCAUGUAAAGCAGAGUCUCAUAUAUUUGUGGUGGCAUCAACCACACAAAUGCAGAUUAGUUAUUUCUGAAAAUCCUUUUAUUGUUCAUAUGCCAGGGGGAAAAUACUUUUGUUUCAGUUUAUUUGGUUUGAUUUGGUUGUUAUACAUUAUCAUUCCAUGCAGCCAUUUGGAUAACAAGACGGUAACAUACCUGAUUACCUCUUACUACUGUUCUCUACAACUUACAAGUUCAACUAACCUGAGUCACAUUGAGUUGGAAGCAACUGAAUGAAAACUGAAGAAUAAUAGUAACAAAAAGUUAAUAAACUCACCUGUAGAAUAAAUAUUUUAAAAAUCACUUAUACCUGCAAGCACUUGCGUGUGUUUAGUAGUAAAUGAUGUUCAUUAAUUUUACAUUCUGUUAAAUAUUAACCAUUGAUAGGGUUUUUUUUUUCCUGAUUAUCAAUCAAAUCAUUAAAAGCUUGGUUGCCAGCC